AUGUUGAAAUAUUUGUUAAGAGAUAAGUCUGCCAAUAGUAUAAGAGGAAAUACUUAUCCCCAAGUUCCUCCAUGUCAUAGGGGUCCGACCAGCCCUUUUCCCAAAGAUAGCCUGCGAUUCGCUCCUCAAGCCUUUUCUCUCGCAGUGGAAAUCUUCCUAUAUUUGCUUCACUGCAUUAGUCUCAUUGGCUACAGAACUAGCAAUGUUCAUUGGCAAACAUAUCAUGGUGAUUGCAACUACUUCUUUACUCAGGCCUUAAUUUUAUCGAGUCAAAUUUCGAUUCUGCUAUUGAGUACAACCAUUGAUAGACAGAGGAUGGAAGAUCAUGCCAACUAUUACCAAACUAGCUCAAUUUAUAGCUUUCUUAUAAUGGUUUUUAUCUUUUGUGAUAUUUUUUCCCAAAAAACAUGUAUUGGCUCCAAGGGGAGAAAAUUAUUCUCUUGGAUGCUUCCACCUAUGCAAUGGUCUUAUGAAUGUUACUUGUUAAUGGAUAUGAUGUUUCUUUAUUAGAGCCACCAAUGACUUUCUCAUUUUAUUUA